CGCAUCACUUCAGUGACACACCAACUCUUCUGACAAGCAAGCCUUCGUCAACAUUCCUUCUACAUUCACUCCUUUUGUGGUCGAAAGCGCAGGAUCGUCUUUCUUCUUUUCCUCCCUUCCCUUUUCCAGCGCUCUUGUAGCCGCUUCAAGGCCACUUUCAAACUUUCGAACUUUACAAACAGUGUUCACACGUUUUCAACAGUGUCAACUGACCAAGCUGUGCCAUCACCAUUGCACAACGCUGUACAAUUUCUGAUCUACUUAAGAUCUUUCCAGUCUUUCAUUCGAUAACCCAAAAGCUUUUACGACUUGAUUCUCUACGACAUAUAUAAGAUGUACACGAACGCCAUCUCACUGCUCGCCCUGGCUGGUGCUGCACAAGCACACAUGUCGCUCUGGUACCCCGGUCCCCUUGGUGGUGCGAAGGAGGCCAACACAGCUUCGACUGACUCUGACGUCGAUCCGGAGCUCAACUUCCCCCUUGGUUGCUGUGACAGCGAAGGCCAGCCCACUGCUCCUAGCCCUGGCGUCUGCCGCGGUCACCUCGAUCUCUUCGACACUGAGGAUGCUCAAGUCACAUGGCAACCGGGUCAGGAUGCCUACUUCCAGCUAUCCGACUACACUUACACUGCCGAUGCACCUGGUGGCACCCAUUACGGUGGCUCUUGCCAGGUUGGCUUCUCUACCGACCGCGGCGAGACCUGGAAGGUCGCGGCUUCCUACAAUGGCAACUGCCCUCUUCGUGGCAAGGAUGGCUCACCUGAGGUACAGACUUUCGACUUCAAGGUGCCCACGGGCAUGCCCGAGGGUAAGGCUCUCUUCGCCUGGAUCUGGCUUAACCGCGAGCACGAGAGCUUCAUGAACUGUGCCGCCGUCCAAAUCGGCGAGGGCUCCGGCAACACAACUACUCCUACCAACCCUGCCGCCCCUUCUGUCUCGGCUACAAAGCCAUCUAAGCCUUCCAGCUCUACAUACCAGCCUGAUGAUGAGCAGCCUCAGUACUCAGUAGCACCACAGCCAACCUCAACUCGCGCCGCUGGCAAACCUUCUUACCCCACUGCAUCCGCUUCGCCUGCUCAGCCUGAGGAUGAUGAGUCCACCGAGGAACCUUCUUACGACGCUCCCUCCGAGGAUGACUCUGAGGAGACCGACGACUCCGAGGGCACUGACAAUUCUGAGGAGGAGGAGGAGGACAACGACUACAAGGACUCCGAAGAGUCUGACAACGAGGAAACGGACAACAAGUGGUCCCACCCCGGCCACUGGAAUUCUAACCGCCACCAGUCUAUCAAGUACAAGAUGAUCGACGAGCACAAGUGCAAGGUUGACACUGUCACCAAGCGUGCCGAAUGUGAGUGCAAGGCUACAAGCGGUUGCUCAAAUCAGAAGCGUGCCCUUGUUGAGCGCAAGGCCGUUCGCAUAGUCCGUCGCGACGCCAUCAAGAAGCGUGCCGACGCGUGCGCUUGGAAUUCUGCUCCUUCUAUGGUCGUCUCUUAUUACACCGUCGACGCCGCCUGCGCGCCCAACGCCAAGAUGAACGUUCCUGAGUCCGACACUUUCGAGAUCGGCUGGAGUGAGCCCUGCGGUGUCGUUGAGGGUGAUGGCGAGUACCCCAUCAAGGAGAUGGACUGCAACAUGUUCAGCUAGACGCUGACUAACCCUGUUCACGCAUGACUUCUUUCUACUACAUACCCCUUUCUACUUUCUAUCCACUCGUUCACACUCUUAGGCAUGGUCCCGUUCGUUUCUUUUCGAGGUCAGGUGGUCGCACAAGGCACCAAGAUACCGGUCACUUUCUGCAUUUGUCCCACGCCGAGUGGUGGUUACACAAAAUACGGGUGAAUUUUCCCUGCAGCUCGAGAGUUUGGCACGACACAACGCAGGGGAAAAGGGCUCCUGGCUCCUUUCGUUUACUUGCAUGAUGAGCAUGAUUAUGAGAUAUUGUUACUUAGAUACACAACGCAACAUUGCUAUGACUUUAGAACUUCCACACGCUUGGUUUUCAC